UCCGGUAUCCCGCUCGCGCGUUGUUGUUCGUUGCUUCGGUCAACUUCACGACAAGCAUUCGCCGUUGGGUUUAGCAGCUAUUAUGGUUUGAUUCAAUAACAUAAAGUGUUGAUUUUGAUUAAAAUACAAAUAUAGAUUUAUUCUAACCUUAAAUAAUGGAGAUCCUUAACGUAGAGAGUCGCGAGGAGGCUCUCCCUCUCUCUGCCCUGCGUCUGGUUGUGCCACCUCUUCGGCUGAUGUCAGCGUUUCUAUGGCAGGUUAUCCAGCGUCGUAAUGUGACACAAUACGGGAAGCUGGAGCAAUUUGUAAUGCUGGUGACAGAGACCGUUCCAGACAUCAUGAGUCGAAGUCUGGUUAAUAAACUUAUCUUUCACCUGCGUAAAAAGGUGAUCUUGGAGCUUUGCUUGAAAGAUAAAUUGCCAGAUCUGUGGGUCAUUCAGGCACAUCUUGAUUCUCUUAGAAAUCUCACCCAUAAAUGGAAAGAUGUGGAAAGUCAAAUCAUCAAUAACAAAUUCAUUAGAAUGAUCCACGGCAUUUUAGAGGACACAGAAAAGAAAGAGAAUUUCAUCCAGCAUGUCUUCCCUGUAGAAUAUGGUUCAGGAUAUGAUGCCGUAUUACAGAGCCUUGCAUGGGAGUUCCUGUCUCGAGUAGAGGAUCUGCUGCCAGUACCCAACCUUAAAGAGACAGCCUCACGGCUUUGUGGUGGCCUCUCGAUGAUGGAGGAGAUUGUGCAGCCACUCUCAGAUCCAGUGGAGAUUAAAGAUGUGCUCCAGCACUUCAAAACCAGAAGAUUGCAUGCAAAAAACAAUGAGCAAUCUCCGGGAGUUAUCACUGAAAUGUCCAUCCCUUCUACAGCUGAAGUAGUUUGUUUGCCUCAUCCAAUCGUACAAGAAACUCUCGUCUCGUCUGCCCUUACCAUUGAAGGCGAGGAACCCCCCACUUCCAUUGCUCAAGAGACAAUUAUCAUUGAAUCAGAAGCCACAGAGAACCAAUCAGAAUCUGAUCAUGCAGCCAUUGCCAUAAUGAGCCCAUCUCAGAGUUACACAGAAGAAGCUGAGCCUUUAGUUGAAAGCGAGGAGUUUACAGCGAUAGCUGACACUGAAGAAGCAGAGGAUGGUUUCCAACAAGAAGAGGCACUUUGUGAAGAGAAAGACUCAGGCAUCUGUGAAGUCCAGCAGAUCUACCUCACCGCCGAUGGCUCUGCUGUGGUGGUGUCAGAGUUUGAGAACGAGGGAGAGGAGACGACUCAACUGCAGUUCCUAGAACAAUCCGAGAUGGUGGAAACGUCUGGCGUGAGGCAAGUCAGCUUAGAGCAGUGGAUCUCAGAGUUAACUGGAAAGGGUGCCUCACUACCAGUUUUGCCUCCAACUCCUGUUGAGAUUGUGAGGGAGGAGACGAUCUACGUUCCUGUCAUUGAAAGACCACCAUCUGUAAAGUCCAUCAUUCACAGAAAGAGCAGUCCACCUCGAGCCGCUCUUUCCAAAAAGGCAGCGGCCGCUUCUUCUGAGUCCAAUACAACGCAGGAAGAGAAAAGACACACAUGUCCCGAGUGUCACAAAGAGUUCCGUUUUGAGUGCUUGCUGAGGAAUCACAUGCGCACACACACUGGCGAGCGGCCGUUCCAGUGUUCAGACUGUGGCAAAAGUUUCAGGUGCCUCAGCUUCCUGACGAAUCACAUCAAAACACACUCACUCGCCAGACCUUUCAAAUGCUUGCAGUGCGUCAAGACCUUCCGCAAAAAGGCGGACCUCAUCAAGCACAUCCGUGUACACACUGGCGAAAAACCAUACAAGUGUACCAUCUGUGGAAAGAGCUUCUCCCAGGGCUCAUACUUGAAGAUUCACCGUGAAUGCCACACCUCAGAAAACCUGCACCAGUGUCCUCACUGCGAAAAGAGCUUCCCGACUGCAUUUAAGCUGUCCAUCCACGUCCGUUACCAUUCCAUGGAGCGCUCGUACCAGUGUAACCAGUGCGGGAAGAGUUUCAUCUAUGCCAGCCUCCUCCGAAGACACAAAGGUUAUCAUGCAGGAGAGCGCCAGUACUUGUGUUCAAUCUGCGGCAAGUCCUUUGUCUACAUGUUCGACUUGAAGAAGCACCAGCGCAACCACGAGAGACCCCGGGUCAAGAUCCCGUGCACCCUUUGUCACAAGACGUUUGCGGGACCUGAGAUGCUUAGGUGCCACCUGCGCAUACACACGGGGGAACGCCCGUUCCGAUGCAAGAUUUGUGGAAAAGCCUUCUCUCAGAUAGGGAACAUGAAGAGACAUGAACGCGUGCACACGGGCGAGCGGCCGUUCACCUGUGAAAGAUGUGGAAAGACUUACAAGCACUCGUCUCACCUGAAGAACCACAUGCUCAGCCACACAGGUGAGCGGCCGUGGCAGUGCUCCCAUUGCGGGAGGAGCUUUAAGUUCGCUGGGCCUCUGAAGAAGCAUGAGAGAAUUCACUUGAGCGAGCGAAGCAAUCGCAGAAGAAACUACGACCAAACCCGUGGUCGGGUAAAACUACAACCCAAAAGCCCUUGACUGAACAUGCGAAUCUGCAGAUUUAAAAUGACUAGAUAAUUUCAUAUCAGAUGAUAAUUACUUUAAAAAGGUAAUGUUUUGUUUUUCAAACCAUGCUUGUUUGUUUAUGCAACCCAUAUUUGAAACUGCACAUGGAGAUACUUUAUAAAUUCGUACUUUACAUAGUUGGAUAAAUUUAAGUUAACAGUUGAGUUCUUCAAUCAAGAAGGCUUGUUGUCAUAGCCAUUGUGAUGUCUUAAUCAUGCUGGUCAAGUCAUUUCAACAAACAAACAAAUAAAUAAUCUGUUUAUUGCACAGUAAAACGCCUAAGAACAGAAUCAAUUUGAGAUUUAAAACUCAAAACAACAAAAAAACAACAAUUCCAAAUGGUUGUCCACCUUGGACAAUUUAGAAGCAUAUUGGAUAAACUCACUCCAGAAUAUUGUCUGGAAGAGCUGUAACAAUAACACUGUCCACUCUUUCACGAUCGCUGAGCAAUGCAAUGUGUAUUUGUUCACAAACUUACUUUACUGACUCGGAUCUUAAAGGUUAGUUCAACU